UAACCUUUUCUUAACGAAACGAAAUUUUACGUGCGGUAUUUUUUUAUUUUCUAUGAAGAAAAUCUAACUAAAAUUAUUAAUUAAAACAUCGUGCAAACAUUUAAAAAUGCUGUUAAUGCGUCGUGCAGAAUCCCUAACAGCACGAUGUGCUACAGUGUGUCGUAGUUAUAUUGCCUCACCAAAAAAUGCCCAAGCAGCUGCUGCUCAAACAGCCGUCCCAGACAGUGAUGAGUAUACUGAAGUGGCACAAUAUCCGGAAAUAAACGAUCUAUCGUUUGCCGCACGUAAAGAACGUGAAGCAUUGUCCUGGCAAGAACAGGUACAAAAGGCACCUACUGUGGAAGAAAAAAUGAUUAAAAUCAAUAUGCCUCGCUACUAUGGUUAUAAAGUGGUGGAGUUGAACGACGAACGGCUGCCCUAUAAUUGUUUGCCUGUCAUACAGCACUACACAAGAACUUUGUAUGAGAACAUGCCCAGUGAGUUAAAAAAAGACGAAAAAGUUACAUCAUAUGUUGAGGCCAUUAAAGGAGAUGUACAGGAUGCUUUGGAGUUGGCACAUGAUUAUUUCAGUCUAAAAUACCCCAAUGCUUCCGAAUUGGAACCCAAAGAACGGGAGCGUAUCUUGACUCAAGUUAUUGUUGAGCAAAUACAUCGGGCUUUAAUUAAUGGCCUCUCGGCAGAUCAUCAACACUUGCAGGAAGUUGAAGUCGACUAUAAUCCCAGGCAUGAAGCCUUCUGGUCUGUUGGUGGUAUACCAGCACCAAAAAAUGUGGUCAAAGCCAAAGAAUCCCAUGAAUGGCAAAAAGAUUUAGCCAAAGAACCCGUUGAUCGUUUAAUGCAAUACAAAAGUGAACCUAUGUUGGCGCUCAGACACCGUUCGCAAUUGCCCACAUGGAAAAAUGAAAAUGAAUAUAACGAUAUUGAACUAGCUAAAAAUGUACCACGCGUAGAUUUUGAUCCCAGAAGUUUAGGUUAUACCACGGGCUACCAACAUGGCACAAAUAUUACAGGUUACUGGCCCAGUAAUUUGGCAGGUUUUGGAUUACUUUCCUACCAAUCCCGUGCCGGCAUUCAUAUACGACCACAAAGUUAUGCUGCUGAUGAUCACAAUGAAGCCCUGCAUGCCCACGCCAUACAAUCUAGUUUCGCUUGGCUGCUUGCCCAGGCUAACUAUUUGGGUUUCAAUACAUUUUCCGAACUGACAUACCCCUUAAACACUCAAACCAUUUUAACUGAUGGUAAAACAUGGUCAUUCUAUGAAUAUCAAUUGAAUACCUUGUUGAUGAGUGGUCGUCAAAUUAACGAAAAUUCUCGUGUCAACUAUUGUCGUGGUACGCAAGAGUUAGCUCUGUAUCAGGAAGUCGAUGACAAAGGCAAAAUUGUGGGCUUUAACGAUCAAGUAUUGAAACAUUUAAUCAACUACUAUAUCAAAACACCAACUGUACAACGUUCAGCCGAGGAAUUGCAACCAUUUUUGGAUACCAAAUAUAAGCGCAUAGCGGACUAUGAGGAAGACGAAAAGCGAGCAUUUUUAGAAAAAGCUUUUAAACAUUUGUUCUCCAACCGGCCACGGCAUUUGGCUUUGCCCGAAAUUUACUUGUGGGAGAAAAUCUAUAAAAUUGAUAAUAAAACUCGUCCUAUGGAUGCAAGACGUCGUUACUUUGAGAUAUUCUAUAAUCCCUGGCAGCGAAAAUUAGAUCAACACCAAAAGGAAUACAUACCACGCAAGGUGAGACCCGAAGGCCCCAAGAGCAAAAAGAAGUGGAAGCCAACUUAUUAUCCUGAGAAUUAAGGAAAGCUGUAACAGUUUUUUAGUACACAUAAUUUGUUAAAUUUUCUUAGAAAAUAAAAAAUAAAUAAAAAAUUAAA